AUGAGUUACGCUCCUUUAGAUCAGAAUCAUAUGCACCAAAAAGGUGCAACAGUCCUAUGUUGUAACUGUGGUGUGCCCAUAGAUGGGUCCUCCGGGUUAGUAAUGUGCUAUGACUGUAUCAAGAUGAACGUUGAUAUUACAGAUGGUAUUCCUAGAGAAUCACACCUAUCGUUCUGUAGAAACUGUGAAAGGUUUUUGCAACCUCCAGGUCAAUGGGUUAAGGCUCAGUUGGAAUCUAGAGAGCUUUUAGCCAUUUGUCUACGUCGUUUGAAGGGUCUGACUAAAAUCAGACUUGUGGAUGCAUCGUUUAUCUGGACCGAACCACAUUCGAGACGUAUUAGAAUUAAAGUUACUGUACAAGGUGAAGCUAUGAUGAAUACCAUUAUUCAACAAAGUUUCGAAGUGGAAUUCGUCGUUAUUGCCAUGCAGUGUCCAGACUGUGCUAAGUCUUAUACAGCACAUACAUGGAGAGCAGCUGUGCAAAUUAGACAAAAAGUGCCACAUAAGAGAACUUUUCUCUUUUUGGAACAAUUGAUCUUGAAGCAUAACGCCCAUGUGGAUACAGUUUCCAUCAGGGAAGCAAAGGAUGGGUUGGAUUUCUAUUAUGCACAGAGGAACCAUGCUAUGAAGAUGAUUGAUUUCCUAAACUCUGUGAUCCCCAUUAGAUACAAGAAAUCUGAAGAAUUGAUCUCUCAAGAUAUCCAGUCUAGUACUUCUACUUACAAAUUCACCUUUUCUGUGGAAAUUGUCCCCAUCUGUAGAGAUGACUUGGUAGUGCUACCAAAGAAAUUGUCCAAAUCCUUGGGUAAUAUCUCUCAAUUUGUGCUCUGCUCCAGAGUGAAUAGUUCAAUCCAAUUCAUGGAUCCAAGAACCCUGCAAACUGCUGAUAUCUCAGCUUCUGUCUACUGGAGACAGCCUUUCAAUUCAUUGGCAGAUGCUGGUCAACUUGUAGAAUUUAUUGUGUUAGACGUGGAACCUACUGGUGAAAGCAGAGGUAGAUUUGUGCUUGCCGAUAUUACAGUGGCUAAAGCUAGCGAUUUGGGUUCUAACGAUCAAGAAUACUACGUGAGAUCUCAUUUAGGUGCUAUCUGUCACGCAGGUGAUAGUGUCAUGGGCUAUCACAUUGGUAAUGCUAACUACAACUCUGAUCUCUUCGAUACCUUGGAUAUGGAUCGCAUUCCAGAUGUGGUUCUAGUUAAGAAGUUGUACAGAAGAACCACAAAGAGAAACAGAAACUGGAAGUUGAAGAGAAUGGCCAAGGAACACAAGGAUAUCGACGCCUCUGCAGACUAUAGCUCAAGACAACAGAAACAAGAGAUGGAGCGUGCCGAGAUGGAUUACGAAACUUUCUUGCAAGAAUUGGAAGAAGAUUCUGAAUUGAGACAAUCCGUUAACCUGUACAGAAGUAACAACCCACCAGAGCCGGUCAACGAAGGUGAUAUGGAUGAAGAUGAGGAUGAAGCUACUCCUCGUAUAAACAUGGAUGAACUUUUGGACGAGUUAGACGAGAUGACUUUGGAAGAUGGCGGAAACGCAUAG